GAGGGCCCAAGUUUGCCCAUGCCUGCAUUACAGUAAGCAUCUUCCGGUGUACAACUUUAAAGCCAUGCCUACAUUUCCCCCAACGUUCCAGAACCCCCCUUUCCUCUUCUCUCAUUGGCUCCGUUGCAGGAGGAGUCUCCCCGCUCGGACCAAUGGCAGCGCUCCGUUUCCUGACGUCACGCGAGAGAGGGAAAGUUUGAAAUCGGCUGCGGAAGAAGCGCGUUGGGAGGAAGAAGGGACUCAACUGAAGGUGCGGCUAUGGCUGAACCCGAGCUGGAGAGGCCUUUGCCGGGGGAGGAAGAGGAGGAAAGGCCGGCCAGAAGCGGGGCUGUGGAGAAGGAAGAGGAGGAAGAGCCCCGGGGAGACGAAGCAGAAGGGGGCCCUUUGCCGCCCGCUUCGGAUGGCAGCAGCUGCGGCCCAGAAGAGAGCAACAACGCUUUGGAACCUGAUGAAGACAGUGAGGACAGUGAAUGCGGCAGCUGCAGUGAUCUUGGGAGUCGGGACCAGCCGAGGACGGCUUUGCAGAGGCACUCCUUGGGGAGCAAUGCUCUCUUCCCAGACACCUUCCAGACCAACAACCUCCUCUUUUAUGAGCGGUUCAAAGCCUACCAGGACUAUAUGCUGGCUGACUGCAAAGUCUCAGAAGUGAAAGAAUUUACUGCGGAGUAUUUGGAAAAGCUCCUGGAGCCGUCUGGAUGGCGAGCGGUUUGGCGAACCAAUGUGUUUGAGGUGCUGGUGGAGGUUGUUGAUGUGGAGUAUUCUGCCCUCAAAGCUGUGGUGCGCCUCUGUGAGCCCUUCCUGUGUGAGACCCGUGAGAGCGCCUUCACCCAGGAGCGCAUGCAGGAGCUGCUAGAGCUGAAGGAGCAUCGGUUGCUAUUGCAGGAGCUGUGGGUUGUUUUUGACGAAUCGGGAGAGUUUGAUCAGACGGCUCUUGCUAUUGAGCAUGUCAGGUUUUUCUACAAACACAUUUGGCGGAGCUGGGAUGAAGAGGAUGACGAUGACUUUGAUUACUUCGUUAGAUGCGUGGAACCUCGGCUCAGAUUGCACUACGACAUCCUUGAGGACCGCGUCCCAUCUGCGCUGGUGGCGGAGUACCAGAGCCGCCUUUCCCAAUGCGAGGAGCUCUAUCGCAAGUUCCUAGACUUCAGGAACAGCAUCUCCGGGACCGAUUCGGACUCCGAAGCAGAAAACGUCUCUGUUGUGGAAGGGAUGAAGCUCUAUGAAAGGAUGGAGCAGCUGAAACAAAAGCUGAAGCUCAUUGAAAAUCCUCUGUUGCGGUAUGUAUUUGGAUAUCAGAAACACAGCGGCCUCAAGGCGAAGGGAGAGCGCCCAUCUGGCACUGUGGUGACCCAUGUUGUGUCUUCUGCCAUGAUGUCAAGCCUCUUGCAGUGCCUCUUCCGGGACAAACUUUCCCCGGAUGCCUUCCACGAAGAAAUAGAAAUUCAGUUCCACCGUGACCCGCAGUCUGCUGUGCAUGCGUGCCACGAAGGAGACCGAGUCAUUGUUUGUCCAGGUCACUACGUUGUUGAGGGCGCAUUAUACAUUGCCGACUCCAUUGAACUUGAAGGCUAUGGUUUGCCUGAUGACAUAGUGAUAGAAGAACGAGGCAAAGCAGAUGCUUUUGUUGAGUGUACGGGAGCCAAUGUGAAAAUCUCCAGCUUGAAGCUCAUCCAGCAUGAUGCUGUCGAGGGCAUCUUGAGUGUUCACCAAGGAAAAACUAUUCUGGAGAACUGCGUCUUACAGUGCGAGACAACUGGGGUUGCUGUCCGAACCUCGGCUGAGUUUUUAAUGAAAAACUCAGAUUUAUAUGGGGCAAAGGGUGCUGGCAUUGAAGUCUACCCAGGAGGCACGUGUACUUUGAUAGGAAACGGCAUCCACCAUUGCAAAGAGGGAAUCCUUAUAAAAGACUUUUUGAAUGAGAACUACGUCAUUCCCAAGAUAACCAUGGUGAACAAUGUGAUCCACAAUAAUGAAGGGUAUGGAGUGGUCUUAGUGAAACCUGCGGUCUCUCCAGAUGUCAAAGAGAAUUCUUUAGAAAGCGCAGAAGGAGAAAAGAACGGCGAAUCUGCUGCUGAUGCCGUCAUUGGAGAGUGUGAAGAGCAACAUAAACAAGCCGGUGGCGCAAUGGACUCUUAUGGAGGAGAUGCUGUUUCUGAGCCCAUGGAGGACAAUUCAGAAAUCGCCAAUGAACUUUCCCUUGCGUCGCUCAAGAAGAACCAGGCGAAUAAGAAAAGGCUGAGCAGCUUGAGGUUCACGGAGGCAGACGACGGCCUGAUGGCUCAAGAAAUGUUUGUGUCCAUUGUGGGCAACCAGUUCAAGUGGAAUGGGAAAGGGAGCUUCGGGACAUUUCUGUAUUGACUUUUCAGGCGUGCAUAGGAAUAGCGCCAGUGUAUGGCUGUCGACGGACUCGUUCUGGAGUAGCUGAAGUUUGUCCUUUGUUUGUGGUUGCUCUCCUUGCUUCAGUGUGAUUCCAGCAUCCUCUUGUUUUUAGCAAUCUGUUUGUUGUGCCAACAAUACCCUUCCUUUUGAGCAGAUAAGCUUAAAUACCGAUAUAUAUAUUUCUCACUUUCUAUUAUAGUAUUUAACUUUAAUAUAAAACACCCCUUUCAAAAUAAUGUUAUAGACACUUAAGAGAAGCGGUCCCUUAGGAUGUGUUUUUACCACAAGUAAAGGAAAUGUGUGUUUGUCGUGUUGUGAUAUCAGUUUCAGUAGUGUUCAAUAAACAUUUUUAUUUUUAA